CAAGAACAGCCAAUCAUCAGAAGGGAUUCUCUCAGUGAAAUGGAGUCGCUUUGACCUCAACCCCAACACUGUCCAUCAACGGCGAGAAGGAGACGACCUACAAGCUCAAAAUGGACUCUUCAGUGGACGAACAUCAAUGAGGUCUGAUGCUGUAGAUGUUGGUGAUUUCAGCCUCACUCUGAGAGAACCUCAACUUCUAGACAGCGGUGUCUACAUCUGCAGCAUUCGUCAGGAGACAGGAGAGAAAAUACUGACGGGCAUUCAGCUGAAUGUCAAAGAGAUUUUUCCAACUUGGGCCAGAAUUUUCCUGGUUCUGCUGAUUCUACUUCCUGUUUCUGGAGGCCUUUUAUUUCAUUUCCGACAUUAUUUCAUGUCAGUCUACAGGGUGGAGGUGGAUUCAGGAGAGGAGUCUGUUCUGCUGCCAUUUAAAACUGCAGCCUGUCUGCCUGGAGAAGUCAGAGUGAGGUGGAAACACAACAAUAGCAGGAUGGCCUACAUUAAUGACAGGAACUUAGAUUGUUAUCAACACUGGCUUUAUAAAGGCAGGACGGAGAUUAAAGAGAAAUCAAAAUUUGGAGACUUCAGUUUGAUCCUGAAGAAACCAACAUACAAAGACACAGGAACCUACAGCUGCUACAUCUACAAAGGCCAAUCAGAUGAAAUCCUGACCAUGAAGCAGGUGCUGCUGAAGGUCAAAGCUGGAUCCGACUCUCUCAUCAUAUCCAUAGACUUUGGUUUAGGAUUCAGUGGCUACAGCUUCAAUGUUAAACCCAGACAGGAAGGAGGUGAGACCCACAUAAAGAGAUGGAGUAAUGGACUUGGACUAGACACCCCAAAGACUCCAACCUGCAUCCUGUUUGAUGAACAUAAAGAAUUUAUGAAGUUUGGUUAUGAAGCUAAAACAGCAUUUAAUAAUAUGAGAGGAGGAGAAGCUAAGAAACAUUAUUUCUUUGAAGACUUCAAGUGGGAUGUCCUUCUCAUAGACGGCUGGUCAGAGGGAAUCUACACAGACAACGRGAAGWGGAUGUUGAUCCUGAWGGUUUUUACUGAAGUUCUGAGAUUCCUGAAGGWCGAUGCUCUGAAAACCAUCAGGUCUCAUCCAGAAGGUGGAGAGUUCACAGCUGAUGACUUCACCUGGGUGCUGACUGUUCCUGAAACCUUGRAGGAUUUUCGUAAACAGUUCAUGACUGAAGCUGCAGUUCAGGCUGGUCUUGUAACAGACGCCACUAAAGACAAACUGAUGUUUGUUCUGSAGUCAGAAGCAGCUUUGACCUGGUGUUUGAAGCUWMAACCUGRUGGUUYCAUCACACAGAACCACAGCAGAGACUCACAGGAUCAACCUGCAGGAGCAGCAGAACCUGAUACCAGCUGUAACGAUCYAGCAGGARGUCAGGAGGYCGUUCAGUUCACUGUGGAACCAGAAGAAACCAAAGUCCUGCUGGAGACCCAAAGAGACGGGAAACGGUACCUUGUUGUCGACUGUGGAGAUUACAGUCGCUUCACUGUUCAUGAAGUCCUGAAAGGAGGAGACAUGAAGCUGCAUAAGACCUUUGGGCUAUAUAGGGGAGGAAAAUAUGUGGACGGAAAAUUCAAACAGUUCCUGAGAAAAAUCUUCUCUGAUGAAGUCUGGAAUAACUAUGAACAAAACUUCCCCAAUGAGGUUCAGAAGAUGAUGUAUGAUUUCACUCGUCUCAAACAUUUGGAUGAAGAUGUUCAGAUCAGUUGCCCGGGUAACCUGAGAGACAAGGCUCAGAAAAAGAAAGAGAUUGAAAAGUUAUUUGAUUCAGUAAAAGGAGCUUCCUGGGAUGAUGGAUCCAUCAGAAUCUCCAGAGAGAAACUGAGAUCUUUCUAUGAUGAGAGUCUUCAGAUAAUCACAUGGAAACUCAGAGAAAUAUUAAACAAAAAUCUCAACAUUGGGUUUAUUGUGUUAGUGGGAGGAUUGGCUGAGAGCCAGAUUCUAUGUCAGCACAUCACUGAUCAGUUUGAACCUCAGUAUAAAGUCCUGGUUCCUCUUAGACCCCAGGAAGUGAUUCUGAAAGGAGCCGUAGAGCUGGGGAGAAACCCAAAGAUGGUGGAGCCUCAGAGGAAACGUCCAGCUUGGCUCAGAUGUUGUUCAUGAGAUUUAAUUUCUUUUUUGUUCUGAAUAAUUGAGGAAAUAUGCAUGGUUUCUUGUGUUUUUUGUUUGUUUAUGAUUGAAUAACUUUUUCAUGGUCCAUUUUUUGCUCUU